AUGUCCGGAAUGUUGGGUGCACCCGAAGUGCUACAAUUCGGCCGGAAUCUCAUUCACCUCACACAAGCGAAACGCGUUCUUGAUAUAGGUAAGCUCACUGAUCCCAUUCGGUUGGGAGUUCUGGUUGAAGUAAGGAGGAUUCUUUCAGUCUGA